AUGGAAUCUAUGCACUUGUCACGUUAUGUUCCUCUCCCCAGAGCCAAAUUGAAAUGGCAAGAGAAACCUUUGGGUUGUGAUUUCCAGGCGUACAGCGACAAAGCACCCAUACAAAUACCGAUGCUCAAGCUGAAGCAUCAUUCCGCAUUCUUCUGGGAGGAAGGAAGUAUUGAGCAGAGAGGGUUUACUAAGGAAGAGAUGUUAUCACUACAACUCAUUGAAGCGGUGACGAAAAAGGCCGCCUGGCUGUUUGGAAUAGUAUAUCUUGCGGACAAGAUAGCGGAUGCCCAUAUAUAUCGACAAACAAGAGAAGAAAAAGACAGCCGAGGCAUAUUUCUCAAGGACGCAGCGGUAGAUGUAUCUGAAGCUGAGAUGGGGAUUAAAAGCAAAUUGACAUGCGGUUUGUGUGAGCUGGAUCCGACGGUUUCUAUAAAGAACAGCGAAAGAUCAUGGGACAAUCUUUCUGCGUUGUUGAAACACCAACAUUCUGGGUUCCACGCUUCCAAACUGAGAAACGUACAUGAUACUAUUCAGAGUCACGUAACCGAGCAAGACUUGACAAUAGAGAAGACUGGUGGCAAUAGCAAAACUACAGGCACGGUACCGCAACAGCUCGUCGGAUUCAAAAAUACAGAUGUGUCUAGUAAAGGGAGAGCAGAAAACGGCACAGACAAGAGAAACCUCAAACCACCAAAACCAAGCAAAGACGACGACGCAUGGUCCACACGGUUCAGAGACCCAGAGUACACGAAUGAGGUUGAACGGCCUACUUUCAGCUUCUCAGAAGUAAUCACUGAUAGAUGUAUGGAGCAAAAUCGAAUGCCACAAGAAAACAACGAAGAAUGCAAUAGCGCUGUGCCGUCUAGUUAUGCAUAUUCAAAAUGUCUUGAGCAAGUUCCAACAGAUCAGGAAUUUUUAUCGUCACUUGAGCAGGGCAAGACCUUUUACCCUAUUCAUGAGCUUGAUAGGAAUAUAUUUGGUGAUUCUGCACCUAGGUCAUCGACUGGCGAAUUUGUUGAGCCAAAUUUGAUAAACUUCGAAGACUCAACGUCUGAAACCCGAUCGAAAGAAGACUGCCAAGAUCCUUGGAUGCUAUUCAGAGAAACUGGCGGUACGUUGUUGGAUAGUGUAUAG